AUGAGCGGAAUGAGCAAUGCAGAACAACAGCAAUAUUAUCAGACCUUUCUAGCCUUAAAUCCUAUAAACGGCUAUAUAGGAGGCGCACAGGCGAGAGAAUGGCUAAUAACUUCCGGUCUGCCUAUUAAGGCUCUCGAACAAAUAUGGGAUCUUUGCGACAUUGACAAAGACGGGCGGCUAGAUUUUGACGAGUUUGUCGUAACCUAUAAGCUGACCAAAGAUCUCAGUAGUGGACUCUAUUCUGAUAUUCCACAGGCUCUUCCAGCACACAUGAUCCCUCAAAGUAAAAUACAUUUACUUGGGGGGAAUUUUGGCGGUGGGCAAAGGAGCUUCAGUACCUCGCCCAGUUUAUUCCCACAACAGACUAGCUCAAUACCUACUGGUGUUGGCGGUUUGGGAUAUCAAACACAACAGAUUGCACCUCCACCUGUCCCACAGCAAAGUUUUGGUGCAUUUCCUACCGCACCAUUAACGGAUGAUUUUGACUGGUAUAUACCGCCUGCAGACAAAUUCAACUAUGAAAAUCUAUACUCAAAACGAGCUAACAUUCACGGAUACGUUCGAUUCGAGUUUUUCGAAGAUCUUUUUCAACAACUUGGCCUUUCUCCGGAGGAAUGUUACGGCGCAUGGAAAAUGGUCGAUGUGAAUAUAGAACAACAGCUCGGCAAAGAUGCAGCUCUUGUAUUCUUGCAUAUACUUAAUCAACGCAGUAAGGGUAGGCGUAUUCCGAAUCAAAUGCCGAAGCCGCUGAGGACAUCACUGAUGAGGGGGAAACUAGAUUAUAAUUAUAAUGAGGCUUUGGAUUCAUCUUCGUCAAAGUCGCGAUCAAGCUCAGGAUCGACGAGGAUGUCGGGUGAGUUGGAACUUUACAACAGUUCUUGUGCAGUCGAUACGCUACCCAAGAAAGAAGAGGAACAGCUUUUGAAGCAGAUCGCAGAACUCGAUGAAAAAAUAAAAACAGCUGAGGAACGGGCUCUUUCUAAUUAUACAUCGGCUUUUUCAUCCAAUUCGACUCCCAAAUCGGAAUUUACUCAACUUUACGAGUUUAAAAAGCGGCAGCUGGCUGCGUUGUCCAAUCGUGAUAGGCAGAGUGGUACCUUGGAAGAUUUUAUUCGGAGGGAAAGGUCAUGUCUUAGAGAAUUACAAGAUGGAAUGAGCCAAUUGAAAACGCAAGUGACGUUGCUUGAAGCACUUCUCGAUGCCGGUAAGGCUGAUUUAAGACAUUUGGAGAGGGAUAUUGAGAGUGAGAAGGUCGGGUAG